CGGUAUAUAUGGCAACGAUCGCUUGGUUUCCGCAGUGCAGUAUUACGCGGAGCCGAGUUACGUGAGACGCGCGUCGCUUGUCUGUCUGUAAACAGGUGCGAGUUGAUACCGGAAGUUUCGACUGUCCUACCGAAGGCCGCGCAUGUCAGACAAGGGACUGACCGAAUUGUUUCGUCUGUUUCUUUAACCCUAGUGUCCCGAUCGCUUCUGUAUAUACUAUGGCUCUUCAAGAAAUUAGCGAAAAAUUCGGGGGAACAUGGAAAAUGGAAUCCGAGGAAAAUAUUGCAAAAUAUUUGGAGGCGAUGGGGGUAGGAUUUCUUAUGAAGAAAAUGGCGUCCGCUAUGAAACCUUCAAUGGUUAUAGAAGUUCAAGGAGAGGAAAUUGUUGUGACACGUAAAACUCCGAUCAAAGACCUUCAUUCCAGACACAAACUAGGGGAAGAGACAGACAUAGUCGAACACGACCGGAAGUACAAGUCCACCAUGACAUUCAGCGACGGUAAGAUCCGAAUAAAUAACAUCCCGGCAGAUGACAAGGGCAAACUGAACACACUCACGCGAGAAGUUGAGGACGACAAGUUACUCCAGACAUACACAGUGGACGAUAUAGUGGCCACGGUGUCUUUCCGGAAAAAUUGAUUCCAACCAGGACCAAGUGCUAUUCUUCAAUCUACAUCACGCGAAUCGCUUCCACGUGGCGAAACAGUAAAUGGUGCCUUAAAAGCAUCGGAUGUUUGUAAUAAGCCUCCGUUAUGUUGUCACUGUGUUUGUGUAAUCGGUCAUUUAAUUUAUAUUAUGUACGCCCCCUCAAAGUUCGUUUGACUGGAAGUUUCCAUAAAAAGAGCACGUGGAACCUCAUUGUUCCGGGAUCAGUGACUUCUAAUGCUGUCUUUCCGUUUGCCAUUGUCUGCUUCACAGAAACGAUGUUGUUGUCAUGGUGAUAUUAAUUUUUACAACGUUUAUUUUAUUAUUAUUAUUAUUGCUUAUAUUAUUUUUACUUUUGUUGAAAAAAUUAUAGCUCUAUAAGAAAAUGAAAUAUCACUUUUCAAACCUCCA